UUGGGUCCAAUGAAUCCAGCCAACGAUUCUACAUUUGAGUUUUUGAAGAAUCUGUUUACAGAAGUCACAAGCCGAUUUCAUGAUAAUUAUAUUCAUCUUGGAGGCGAUGAUAUAGAUUUUGCCUGUUGGAUUUCUAAUCCAGAAAUAGUUGAAUUCAAGCAAAAAAUGGGAUUCCCUCAUAAUUCUUCCCAGUUAUUAAAUUAUUACGUGUCGAAAGUUGUCGACAUUGUCAAAAGUGUUGCUGACCGAAAUCCUUCGAUUACACCUAUUUUAUAUCAAGAUGUUUUAGAAUACGGAUAUCAGGGUGACAAAAACACAGUCAUUCAUGCUUGGCAAAGAUUCAGAUGGAAAGAAUAUGCCAGAAAGGCUACUGGAAAAAGAUUCAACGUCAUAGUUUCUGGUGGUUGGGAUUUAACUCAGCUACAUAACGAAUAUGAUUGGAUAAAAUACUACGAACAGGAUAUCAGAGAAUUUGGAGGCUCAGACGAGGAGGCAUCAUUAGUCAUU